CAUUAAAGUCUCUGAUUGGUGAUGCCGUGCCACAGACGCAACUGGUAGGUUUUGAGAGAGUAGAAGUUGGAAGAAGCAUGACAGAGAAAGUUACCAUUGAGUUCGACGCCUGCGAAGGACUUGAGCCUUGUCUAUUGAAGUUCUUAGUGGUCAAAGUCAAUACGUCAUGCUAUCAUCAAUUAUGACGAAAGCCUAAGUAAAAAAAUUGGUAUAACAUCACAAACAGUGGUCAAUACUUAUCCACUUAUUUGAACCAAUACUAGUUGUCAAUUCAAUACAAAGAAAAACUUGAUUUCUCAUCUUAUGCACCAUGAUAUAUAAAUAUUAGGUUUGUGUAUGAUAUUUUCAUAUACAGAAACAGCGAAUUUUAAAUGGAGGGGUUAAUUCCAUAUCUGAUUCAUGCUAUCAAGAAACACCAUAAGUCUCAGCAUAUGAGGUAUCGGUCGAUGUCUGAAGGAUCGAGCCGUAGCUACCGACCAUUAAUGAUGGGACAAGAAGGUUCUUCUUCAUUACAAGGAUCUUCUCACCGUCGAACAAGAUCAGAGUACAAACCACCUGUGAUAAUGGAUAUGUUCGAUCACACAUCAUGUCAAGAUUCUGUGAAUAAAGAUUCUUCUUCUCAGAAUAUAGCAACAAAGACUCAGCUUGCACUUAGACGUUGAGCUCCUGUAACAAAAGAAAAAAUGUAUAAGAUCAUUCUAUGUAACAAGUUUCAGAUACAGUACAAGUCAAUGUUAUUAAUUUUUUUU